AUAUCGUGCUUGUGACUGCUUGAGCAAAAACAUACAAUCGAAAACUCUCGCCAGUUAAUUAAACAUAUUUUCAUAAUCAAAUUAUCUAUUUGAAAACUGUAAGCUUGAGAAAAAUUCGGUCAAAAUGGCUCGUUGUACGAGCUUCAUCUACUGUACUGCAGUUUUCUGUAGCAUAAUAUUCAUUGUUGUCGGGUUGCUUUCCACCGCAACUUCCAUCGCCGCUUACAUUUUCCUACUUGCGAUUCACAACAUCAACUAUGCGCUCAAAAUCAUGGAGAUGAGCUCCAUGUCAGUCCUGAUUCCGAUCGCAUUCUUCUUGAUAAUCGGCCUGUUUUUUAUCGGAAUUGGAAUUUUCGGUCUCGUUAAAUCGCGAAAAAUGGAACUCACACCCAAAAUGAUGAUCAUAAUUGCCGUCAUUGUCGUGCUUAUUGUCAUUAUCAUCGGAACAAUCAUGUUCGUGAGCAUGCUUUAUGUCGAUGACUUCGAGAGCCGACUCGAUAAAAGCAUGCGGGAGACGAUUGCGGUGGCGAGUUCCGAUUCCUCCUCGGAAGAACGAACCGACUGGGAUAAUGUUCAGGAUUCGUUCACUUGUUGCGGGGUGACUGACGGGUGGGAUUGGCAGUACCCUAUUAACUCGAUCAAUUGGAACGACACUUUCGUGCCGUCCAGCUGUGGGAGCACGGAGGCGGAGAAGAAAUCCCGAGCGGGAUGUAAGUCUACUGUGCAGGACGAUGUCUCGUGGGUGGCCAUUCUAUGUGCAGGAAUACUCGGACUCACGGGAGGAAUUUCCGUUGUAUGCGCCAUAAUGAUGAUUGUCGUCGCAAUCAAAGCGAUUUGCGACCCCGAUUGGAUGCGGCUCAACAACGAUGUCAAAGAUGACGACGAUGACGAUGAAAGCAUUCCGUCAUACGAGAAGGAAAACAGCAUCAGCGACAUCCAGUAUCAGCUGAAACAGUCAAAUCCAGCCAUUGCUUCAAGAGAUGUUCGCUCCAGAAAUACAAGCGUGAUCAACAACCAACCCAUCAGGAGACAAACUGAUGCCAAAGGACUUCCGACAGUCGUCAGCUAAGAGAUCUGACACACCAGAAAUGACAAAAAAAAAAAACAGCAACGAAACAUCACUAUACUGGACAAUGGACACAUGAGUACAGAUUUAAUCGACUCCCAGUGUAAGAGCAAAAUAGAUUAAUAGAUUAGCACUGACGUGUUCUGUAAUUAAAUUUUGAAUAUAAAUCCAAUGAAAUUGAAUCUUAAUACACAU